GACACACAUCUCUGAUUGUACUUACCGGCAGGGAUGCAUUUGCACUUAACACAUCACAAAUAAAUGCCUCUCUAAUGCGCUGAAACGGAUCGGGAAGACUGCAUUUUGCACUUUUCAAAACAGAUGGAAUGUAAACCGGUGAUUCUAGUGGUUUAUGUUCUUUCGUUUUGGCUACCGUCUACACUGGAGUGUCCAGAUGGCGAGGAAAAAGUGUCCAGUAACGAUGGAGGAUGGUCAUCAGGUUCACUGUUAAGUUUGACGGACGAGGGGCCUUGUAAUAUUGACAUCUGGGACAAGUCACUGACAUACUCACAGUUCAUCAAACAAUAUGCAUACUCUAAGCCGGUCAUUCUCCGGGGCUUGUCAGAUAACACGAAAUUCCAGUUCCUGUGCUCCAAAGCCAAUCUGCUACAGGAUUAUGGAGGGCACCUGGUGAGACUGAGCACCGCCAACACCUACUCUUACAGGAAAGUGGAUAUUCCAUUCCAGGAGUAUGUGGAGCACCUGCUGAAACCCCAGUCUCUGGAUACCCUUGGAAGUGACACCCUGUACUUCUUUGGAGACAACAACUUCACAGAGUGGCAGUCUCUGUUUGAGCACUACCAGGCUCCUCGCUAUGUGCUUCCGUACACCAGUGGGGCCUACAGCUUCGGCAUUGCAGGCCCUGGAACUGGUGUGCCCUUUCAUUGGCAUGGCCCCGGCUAUUCUGAAGUAAUUUAUGGCAGAAAGCGCUGGUUCCUGUACCCGCCCGAUAAAGAGCCUCACUUUCACCCCAAUCACACGACGUUGUCCUGGGUCAGAGACACCUACCCCUCCUUGCCCACAGAAGAGAGGCCCAUGGAGUGCACUAUCCGGCCUGGGGAGGUGCUCUACUUCCCAGACCGCUGGUGGCAUGCCACCCUCAACCUGGACACCAGCGUCUUCAUCUCCACCUUCCUGGGGUGACUGCCUGGGUCGGACAGGCUGAAAGAGCUCUCCUUUGGAUCAAAGUCAUUUCAACUUCAGCCG